CUCUCUCUGCCCUGUACGUGGUGCAUGCACUCAUGCUAUAUGUUCGUACAACUCCAAAGGCCAGGUCAAAUUACGAGCAACUACCCCCAUGGUAAUACACUACACGCAUGUAUGAACUCUUUCGUAUCGCGACAACUUGAACAGCAUUUCUGGCCAAUACUUGCAGAGGCAGUGCCGCGUAUUUUCCACCAAUCAUGAAGAUUCGGUGGGGUAUUUGUACGACAGGUAAAAUCAGCAAUGAUUUCGUGUUGGCACUGAGUCUUUUGCCGACUGAGAAUCACGAGGUAGUGGCAGUGGCAGCAAGAUCUGAAGGCGAUGCUAAAAGGUUUGCAGACAAGCACAAGAUACCGACGGCUUAUGGAGGCUAUGAAGCCCUGGCUAAAGAUGCCAAUGUCGACACUGUCUACAUUGGUAGCUGGAUCCACACACAUCUUCCACUUUGCAAGCUUUUUCUUGGCCAUGGUAAGAAUGUUCUUUGCGAGAAACCUUUGGCGCUGAACAAACGAGAAGUCCAGGAGAUAAUAGACUUUGCUAAGGAGAAAAAUCUCUUCUUUAUGGAGGGCUGGUGGAAUAGAUUUUUUCCACUGAAUGUCAAACUCCGCGAGCUGCUUGCAGCGGGACAUAUUGGUGAAGUCAAGUGUGUCCUUGGAUCGUUUGGAAUUCCCAAACUUAAAGACGAAAGAAUCGAACAUAAAGAAUUUGGAGGAGGAGCGAUGCUGGAUAUGGGUAUAUAUCUUAUUCAGACAACUCUGAUGGUCUUUGAUAGGGCACCUACAUCUUGGUCAACCAAGGGAUUCUUGGCGCCGACAGGCGUGGAUGAGACUACCGUGACGACGAUUUUGUUUCCUGAUAACGCAAUAGCAUCGCUAACAUGUAGCGUUGCUGUGUUUCUUCCAAAUGAGAUUGAAAUCAGAGGAACCAAAGGAUACAUUAAGGUUCUGUCGCCAUUUUGGUGUCCUUUAAAGAUGGAAGUUACGACAGUUGUCCAAAAAAGCGAUGAUGUCUUAGAUAUUGAGGAGAAACAAGAAGUGAUGGAAUUCCCUCUUCCGAGUAAUAGGGAGGGGUUUGUCUACCCGAACAGUGCUGGGUUUCAGUACGAAGCAGAGGCAGUACGUCAAUGUAUCAUCAAAGGUCUGAAAGAAUGUCCUACUGUAACACACAAGGAGAGUUUGCUGGCGCAUGAAAUCCUUCAAAGUACAAGGUAUGAUGUGGGAUAUGUGCUAGAUGUUGACAAGCAGAAAAUCACGACCAUGCCUUGCCAGUAGAAGGCAGUCAGUCCCACCAAGGAAUUCGACCAAAAAGAAUUCACAUCCUACACUACACUGUAUUUCCUGACCAAAGUGCAAAAACAGGUCUAUGUGUAGUUUUCUGGUAGAGUGGCCAAUGUAAAAAGAGUCUAAUAAAGAACCAAAUAAUCAACCCUUUGUGAGUCCAACUUGACAGGCCAUCCUCUCAGUUUCGGAUCUUGGAGUACAUAGCUUACCGACCUGUGUGUGGUUUUACAAAGAGUAACCUCAGUUUUGUUUAGAAAAUAAAAUCACAAGUGACCUUUUAUCGAUCGUCAAUUAACCGUUCGCCAAGUUCAUUAUCAGCAAAAUGUGAAAUGUACAAUUCAUGAAAAGACUUCGAUCUGUAUUAUCAUUGGUUAGAAAACUUCAGUUGUUAGAUAUCUUUGAAUAACUAUCAGUUCGUCAUUUCAGUUUCAAUUUUCUUUGGCGGUGCUUUGACUGGUGUGCUAAGCUUGUUCUAAGCAGUUCUAGGAACGUGUACAGAGAAAGCAAGGGCAAGAAGGGAUAACGGGAAGAGCAGAAGUGGUGCAGUGAUAUUUUCAUCGUUUUCAAUGUUGCCUUCAAAUUAUACAGCCAAUUUAUCUCCUGUAAUAUGUACAAUGUACCUGGAAAAAUGCUAAAAAUGUGCAACAAAUCGAAAUGAAUUAAUGGCCACAAUAUAUUCAAUAAGACUGUGUCACAAAAUAGAGCAAUUUUUAUUCCUAAGUCAACAGAGUAAUAAAGAGGAAAUGACCAGAACAGAUGUGACUGCAAUUAUCAAUGACUGGAUUGAUGACUGGAUUGGACGAAUUGUUUAUUUUGGUUGUAUUUAAUCUCCUAAAUACCUCGAUUUUUGGUGUAUCACACCAGUUAAUCAUAAAUGGAAAUGCGAGAUUUGGAAAGUUAAAGAUCGUAUCAAUUUGCAUUGGAAAGUGAAUUUUACAAAACCUAGUCAAACCUUAUAAACCUAAUGAGAGUUUUGUUUUUUGUUGCUGCUUUAUAUUGAUGUUUUGAGAAAGAAUGUGAAAUGAAUCCUUCCUUUCAUUGCAUCUGAUACAGUCAUGUAAGAGUAUCAAUUGGUAUGCCACGUGGGUUGUUAAUUUAAUCAGUCCUGUAGACUGGGCUUACUCAAAAGUGAAAUGAAGAUGUACUCCAAAACCUUAACCUACCACUGCCUGAGCAGCCUUUUCGGAAAGAAUUUUUUGCUGCAUUACAAUUUUGAUGACAGAUCUGUAAGGAUGAGAGGCUUCAGCUUAUAAUGAAAUACAAUUGUAAGAAAGUAAAAAAAGUAAUACAUGUAUGUCUGUGCUGUGACAAAACUUAAAAUUUACUCACAUUAAAAGAUUUUCAGAGGCAAAGUAA